ACCAUUCUGGUUCGGGGGACAUCACAAGUAAACCACCUUGUCUAUAUCGGAUACUAUUUAUACAGCUUGUAGCCAAAGACUCAAUCCUACAAUUGGUCAACCGGUCAGUUCAAUACAAGCUGUACCAAUUUCUUCUGUCACCUACCAAGGAAAAUGCAUCAUACUUGGUAGGCAUUCCAUGUCUUUGCAAUGUGUUAAAGUUCCACAAAAGCCAAAACAAGUCCUAUCCUUUGAAUGUCAUUGCGGUCUGUUUUUGGCUGUAUGUGUGUAGUUGCGAUGUCUUGAAGUCUUUGCUGGUCAAGAAUUCUCCACUUCCUUGCAUUACACCUGACCCUGGUGUCUCAUCUGAAUAGCAGAAGACAGGCUGCUUCUAUAGCAUGCCCCAGAUUUGGCAUCGUCCUUGUUAUCCCCACCUCAAGCACGACCUUUGUGAAGAACCUGGCGGACAGCGAGGAGAUAAAUGCUCUAAAUACUAUUCACAAUACAGUGAAAAGAGGCUGACAGGAGGUUUGAUGCGUGCAUGGUGCACACACAGCAUAUGCUAUGGAUUCCAUUGCAUACCCCGAGGUGAGGGGCAAAACAAUGUUUUUUUGGCCAUUGUGAUGCGUUGGCCGAAGGCCCCAAGAGUCGUUGUCUACAACUUUGCAUGUGCUUUGGCACCUUACUGUAUCACUCAAGAACCGGAGUUCUUUGCAGAUACCCUCUUUGUGGUUGAUGGAUUUCAUGCUAAAGGGCAUACUAAGUGCUUGCCAGCUGCUUUUCUUACCAGCUAUGCCAGCACGGACCCUCGACUCACACAAAUCAACUCUAGUGCCGCUGAAUGCGGCAAUAUCGCCUUGAAGCAAAUCCGAAAAUCUGUUAGCUACAUGUCGCAGGACCACGCAAUAUUGUAUACAAGAGUUUUUCUGGCUGUCUGGAAUCGGUUGAGGAUACGCAAGAUGAAGAAUAUUGAAGUUUGAUGGGUUGGUUUAUUGUUGGUGUAUCUUAUGCUGAUAUUGAUAGGGAGGGGCACUACCACAAACGCUCCUAUAGUACAGUGUAAUCAAACAGCGUAAGAUAUCUAUACAUAGUUUAAAUCUUUUCUGCCAUGGUCAAACAGCCGUCUAACACCAUUUGGGGU